AUGCGUCGAUCACAUGAACAACUCUUUUUUUCAGAGUUAUUAUCACCAACUACAAUGGAAUCUAUUAAUGAUGCUGAUACUGAUAACGACGAUGAUGAUGAACUCAAUACAGUACAAGAUGAAGAGAAUAAUAAUCCUCAACAACAACAACAACAACAAUCGAUUAAACAAGAGAUACAACCAUUAAAGUGUUCAAAUCCUGUUGUGAACCGUCUAUCUCUAUUACCAGCUUAUCCAACAUUUGAUCGAUUUGGACCUAUUAAUAGAGAUCAUUUACUUUUGGCUAAUAUUCCUUCUCGAAACUUAACAAAUGAACAACGACAACGUCGUACUUAUCAUUCAUUUCAUCAACCAUUUACUUUAACUGAUCAAAGUGUUCAUAUUAGUGUUCGAUCACCGUUCAUGAAAAUAUAUGAUACAUUAUAUGGAGAUUUAACUGAACGAUUCCAAAUUGAUAAUGCUAUUCUUGAUUAUAAUUAUGAACGUCUUCAUACUUGUAUGAAUAUUAUGGUACAAGAACGAAUUCGAUAUGGUUUACUUGCAAUGGAUACUAUUGGUAUGGAAGAAUUACGAAUUGUUGAACAUGCAUUAGCUAUGGAAUUUUAUUUACAGAUUGAUGAUGAAUUGUUUUUUAUGAAAACAUGUUCUUUUCGUAAUGCUCAACCAUCAUUAUACAAUCAUCAUGGUAUUUUUUCUAUUGAUGAACCAAAAGCUGUUUACGGUCUAGAACCAUGUGAACAAGUUACAUGUCGAUUCUGUUUUCCAGUCAAAGAUGUUCUUAUUCGUGGUCGACAAAAUCAAUCAGUUGUUCAAUUUUCUUCAGCACAAAAACAUCGUUUUGUCAAUGGAUACGAAGCUAUUCUCAAUUGUCCAACGACUUGUACUAGAAAGAAUAUUCUCUAUGCAUUGACAUGUCCUUGUGGUCAAUAUGAUUAUAUUGGAUAUACAUCAUUAACAUUGGAUGAACAACUCAAAUAUCAUCGUGAACAUGGCAAUCGAAUCAUGCAUGAAUUUAUUCUUGGUUCAGAAAAAAAUACUCAAAUACAACAACAAACAAAAUCACAAGAGGAAUUAAUAGCUGAUACUAUGUUACUUUAUAAACAUUCAAUUCGCUGUCCAUCAGCUAUUCAACUAUUUCUUGAUUGUAAUCCACAAUACUGGCAUUUUGUACUUAUGUUAAAAACAGAAAUACAAGAUUCAUCAACAAAUAAUGUACCAUCGAUGCCAUCCGAUAAUUAUACAUUUUCUGCACAUCAACGUUUAAAACAAGUACAAUUAUUAAAAGAUAAACGUGAAUGCAUCAAACCUAGUUUACAUCUUGAUCUUUACAAUGCUACAAUUAUUGCCGUGAUGCCAGACGGAUGUACACCAUUAUUUUAUCAUUUAAUUGAAGCAUUAUUCAUUACACAUGCUCAAACAAAAUUAAAUACACUUGGUCAUCUUGAUGGAAUGAUUGUUGAAAAUAAUAAUAGUUAUGAUAUCAAUGCUCGAUUAGUGAAUGUUGGUCAGGAGUAUAAUUGGUGUCAACAUCUUGUGCGUCGUCCAAUCAUCUUACAUGAGAAAACACGAACAUUAAAAAGUCAUCGAAUGAAUCCACAUUUUCAAUAA